UCAAUUUCACUUAAACGUCCGUUUCCUACCCUUUGGCCUUCACUCACCGCUCACUACUCAAUUUCUCUAACCGUCCAUCUGGCACCACGUUUUGCAUCGCAUUGCGUGCUACUAGAAGAGGAUUCUUCCUGUUUUUCCAUAUAAAUCCCCUGUUUUCUCAAUUCGGUUGUCGUCUUCAUCUCUUCUCUCUCGCUCUGCAUUUCUUGUUUUCUUUGAAGCUUGAUUUUGUUACACCAUGGCAUCUGCUGCUACUCUUAGCCCUGCUGAUACUGAGAAGCUCUCCAAGCUGAAAGCUGCUGUCUCUGGUCUUAGCCAGAUAAGUGAGAAUGAGAAAUCUGGCUUUAUCAACCUUGUCUCCCGCUAUCUCAGUGGGGAAGCACAGCAUGUUGAAUGGAGCAAGAUCCAAACUCCAACCGAUGAAGUAGUGGUUCCUUAUGAUUCCUUGGCACCAGUACCUAAUGACCCUGCUGAAACCAAAAAACUUUUGGACAAGCUUGUUGUUUUGAAGCUUAAUGGAGGUUUGGGGACAACAAUGGGCUGCACGGGUCCAAAGUCAGUCAUUGAAGUUCGGAAUGGUUUGACAUUUCUCGACUUGAUUGUUAUCCAAAUAGAGAAUCUCAAUUCCAAAUAUGGGUGCAACGUUCCUUUGCUUCUGAUGAACUCAUUUAACACCCAUGAUGAUACCCAAAAGAUCAUUGAAAAAUACAAAGGUUCAAAUGUGGACAUUCACACUUUUAACCAGAGCCAAUACCCACGUUUGGUUGUUGAUGACUAUCUUCCGCUCCCUAGCAAAGGACGUACUGACAAGGAUGGAUGGUAUCCUCCUGGACAUGGUGAUGUUUUCCCAUCCUUGAAAAACAGUGGCAAACUUGAUGCUCUGAUUUCUCAGAGCAAGGAGUAUGUCUUUGUUGCAAACUCCGACAACUUAGGUGCUGUCGUGGACUUACAAAUUUUAAAUCAUUUGAUUCGGAACAAGAACGAGUAUUGCAUGGAGGUGACGCCGAAAACCUUGGCUGAUGUGAAGGGUGGUACCCUCAUUUCUUAUGAAGGGAAGGUUCAGCUACUUGAAAUUGCUCAGGUCCCUGAUCAACAUGUCAAUGAAUUCAAGUCCAUUCAGAAGUUCAAAAUUUUUAACACUAAUAAUUUGUGGGUGAACUUGAAAGCAAUUAAAAGGCUUGUGGAAGCUGAUGCACUCAAGAUGGAGAUUAUUCCAAAUCCUAAGGAAGUUGAUGGGGUUAAAGUUCUUCAGCUCGAAACAGCAGCUGGUGCAGCAAUCAGGUUCUUCGAUCAUGCCAUCGGUAUUAACGUACCACGAUCACGUUUCCUUCCUGUCAAGGCAACUUCAGAUCUGCUUCUUGUCCAAUCUGAUCUCUAUACUCUAGUUGAUGGCUUUGUCCUUCGCAACAAGGCUAGAAAAGAUCCUUCCAACCCUUCCAUUGAAUUGGGGCCGGAAUUCAAGAAGGUUGGUAACUUCCUGAGCCGAUUCAAGUCAAUCCCCAGCAUCAUUGAUCUUGAUAGCCUUAAAGUGGUUGGUGAUGUUUCGUUCGGGGCUGGUGUCGUUCUCAAGGGGAAAGUGAGUAUCUCGGCUAAGCCUGGGGCAAAACUGGCAGUACCAGAUAAUGCCGUAAUCGAAAACAAGGAAAUCAAUGGCCCAGAAGAUAUCUAAGCCUUUGCAUGCCUUCACAACUUUUUCAGAGCAGAAGCUUUCUGGCAUUUUGAGUACUUUUUUGUUAAUUCCAACAAAAGCAUGCAGUUUUAUCUGUGUAAUAUGUGUCCGGUUUGGAAGUGUUCUUUUGGGAUAUUAUGAACACUGAUGGACUUGUUGGCAUUAUAAACAAAAUGAGUUUCUAUUAAUAUAUACAUAAUAAGCGAAGGUUUUAUGGCGAA